AUGUCUUGUGAUACGCCCACGACACCACCGCCAGCAGUGAAACGCUCUUCUACCACACCCGAUGAUAACGUCCUCGCCGGCAAUUUCGAGUCCCUGACCAACAUUGACGACAUUCGCGAGUGUCUUCGCCAACUUGACCAAGAAGAAACGCGCAUCGAUGCUUCAUUGGAUCAACUCUUGUCCCAGGAAUCAGCCCUUGUCGAGCAAUUAGGUCGAUUGGACCUGUUAAGGCCACAACUGGGUCAUCUCAAGGAGGAAUCGUCAGACAUGAUGAGCACUAUUCUAAAGACGUCGCGUUUGGCUGAAGGUAUCAGCGACAAGGUGCGACAGAUCGACUUGGAGCAGUCAAGGGCCAAAGAAUGCAUUCAAUAUGUUGAAGAUGUUCAAGAGCUGAAACGAUGCGUUGGUGGUAUUCAAGACGCUAUGCAACACAAGGAUUACGAUGCUGCAGCAACUCUAUUACAAAGCGCUUCACGAAUUGAUCAUCACAUCUUGCAUGGCUCGCUGGCCGAGUUUACAGUGCCUACAUCCGAAAACCCAGAUCAUCCAGCAAAAACACUAGCCGAUGCCAAAUCCACUCUCUUUGACAUCUUUUCACAACGCUUCGACGAUGCUGUGGUUCAACGCAAUGAAUCCGAUAUCACGCGUUACUUCAAGCUGUUCCCUCUCAUUGGAUGCCAAGCAGAAGGCCUCGACAAAUAUUCACGAUUUGUAUGCAAUAUUGUAAAAGGCCGAUGCGCUGAAGAGCUCAAGAUGGGAAAUGCCACAUCACCGACCUAUUAUGCCGAUAUCCUUACCCGUCUCUUUGAGAACAUUGCCGUGAUUAUUGAUCAGCAUCAGCCUCUGGUUGAACUUCAUUAUGGCAAGGGACGCAUGCUUCGAGUCAUUCAACGUUUGCAAGAGGAAAGCGACGAGGAAUGUGGGUUGAUAUUGGAUCAAUUUACUCAAAACCGCAAGCUUGAGGCAAAGCUUGUAGAAAUCCAAUCCUUGAAUAUUGCCAUGAUUCGAUCCUCGACAACCAAUUGGAGUGUCAAUAGCCCAUCAAGUAAUCAACCUACAAGUGGUAGUGAACAUGCGUCGCAGCUUGUGGAUCCCCGUCAAUUGGAUGCAAAUCUAUUGGAGCUUGCCUUGAUUGGUCAACGUAGUGCCUUGUUUUAUCGAUUCCUUCAUGAACGCGCCAACGAGGAAAUGGAGAUUAUUGGCACGGAUGAAAGCACACAAGACGUCAUUAUGCAUGGCAAGGACAAGCGCUUUUAUGGUGACAAUGGCCUCUUGGCAUCUUCGGGAUUAACCAAACGUACGCGUGAGCUGAUGAAUUCGUACCUGGUCAUUGACAAUUAUUUGCUCAAACGCAACAUUGAAAAGGCCAUGAAAUUGGAUGAUUAUGAUCCUGCAGCUGGUCAAACAUCGACUUGCGUGGAUGAUGUAUUCUUUAUUCUGAAAAAGGUCAUCAAGCGUUGCAUCACCACGUGUGAACCCGAAGUUCUCGUUUCGACAGUUAACAAUAUCCUCAAGGAUCUCGAUGCAGGUUAUCUUCAAGUCUUUCAGCAAAAGAUGUCUGUUGCGUUCACAGGGCAAGAAACGGGUGGUCGAAGUGCUGAACGAUCUGCAGAGCAAGCUAAAAUCAAUUACAUGGUGUUGCUGAAUAAUCUCAAUGUGAGUGCCGAGUACAUGCAGCGUUUAGCACAAGACGCACGACCCGAUGUGGAUAGAGCUAUUUGGAAGAACAAGGAAAAGGAUCUAGAGACAGCGGACAAGGCAUUGAAUGCUCUUUCAGCGGCAUCAUCCAAAUUCCAACGUCUGUUACAGAGCGGAUUGGAGCAACUCUUGGGACAAAUCCUAAAGCCACGGAUACGACCUUUAUUCCAGCAUGGCUAUCGGGAAGUCAAAUACGUCUUGGAUGAGGAUGAAUACAAUGAAGCGGACGUUGAGGAGCUUUUCGUCAAGCGAUUCCAAAGCGGAUUUGACAAGAUGAUCGAUAUUUAUCGACGCACGUUGACGGAGGAAAAUUUUGGUACACUCAUGGGGAUGCUCUUGGAUGCUAUUACUGCACAAUGGGAACGUAUCAUUUCACAAACUCGAUUCAACCAAUUUGGAGCACUACGCUUUGACAAGGAUCUACGCUCUGUGAUUCAUCAUCUUUCUUCAAUGACUGAAUGGCUUUCUCGGGAUCGAUUCACUCGACUUAAUCAGAUGGCGACAUUGUUGAACUUUGAAGAGCCGUCCGAAAUUUAUGAUUAUUGGGGUGCGAAGGCUGGACCCGUGAGCUGGCGAUUGACAGUAGCCGAAGUCAAACGUAUCCUGAUGCUAAGGCUAGAUUUCGACGAGGAAGAGGUGACGAAUUUAUCAUUGCAUUAG